CUCCCACCGCGCCCACCCGCGCGCACGAACUCGAACCCCCUCCUCGGUGUCCACGCGAGCCUCCCCCGCAAUGCAGCCGCUCCACUCCGGGGACGACGCGCGCGAGGCGGCCGCGCUCCUCGACCGGACCGACUCCGCCGGCCGCCGCCGCCGCUCCUCGCCGGUGCUGUCCGCGUCCCCGGGCUGGGCCGGCGGCCUCAGGCGGCAGUCCUCCUCCUUCCGCCAGGACGUCGGCCACGCCGCCUCCGAGACCUACCUCGUCACGCGCCUCACCUUCAGCCUGCUCCAGUACCUCGGGUUAGGCUACCGCUGGAUGAGGCAGCUUCUUGCCCUCACGGUCUACGCUAUCUUACUUAUGCCAGGUUUUUUGCAAGUUGGAUACUACUAUUUCUACUCGAGUCAGGUUCGCAGAAGUAUUGUUUAUGGAGAACAACCAAGAAACAGGUUGGAUUUGUAUAUACCCAAAGAUAGUAGCAGACCCUGUCCUGUGAUGGCCUUUGUAACUGGUGGGGCCUGGAUUAUUGGUUACAAGGCCUGGGGUGCCCUUCUUGGCAGGCGGUUGGCGGAGAGAGGAAUUAUAGUUGCUUGCAUUGAUUACAGAAAUUUUCCGCAAGGAACUAUAAGCGACAUGGUUAGUGAUGCAUCCCAGGGGAUUUCAUUUGUGUGUAACAACAUUGCUAGUUAUGGAGGUGAUCCUAAUCAGAUCUACUUGAUGGGUCAGUCAGCAGGAGCACAUAUUGCAGCAUGUGCCCUUAUGGAGCAGGCAGUAAAAGAGUCUAGCGGGCAGCCCAUUCCUUGGAGUGUUACACAAAUCAAAGCAUACUUUGGUUUAUCUGGAGGAUACAACCUCCAUAAUCUGGUCGACCAUUUCCAUCAGCGUGGUUUGAACCGUUCAAUAUUUCUCAGCAUAAUGAACGGAGAAGAAUCGCUGUCGUCUUAUUCUCCUGAAAUUGUUGCCAAGGAGUCAAGUGCUCAGACCAUAGCUCUACUACCUCCUAUUUUCCUUAUGCAUGGAACAGAUGAUUAUUCAAUACCAUCAUCUUCCAGUCAAACUUUUGUAGAAGUACUUCAACAGGCUGGUGCUCACGCCAAGCUAUUAUUGUACGAGGGGAAAACACAUACAGAUAUAUUUUUACAGGAUCCUCUUAGGGGUGGAAGGGAUCCUUUGGUUGAAGAUGUAUUGACUCUUAUUCACGCUGAUAAUGCAACCUGUGAAAAUAUAGCUUCCACGCCUACUCCAAGGCGCCUGGUUUUUGAGUGGCAAUUGCGGUUGGCCCGUUGGAUUAGUCCCUUUUAAAAGGUGACACCAUGGAGAUGAUAAAUUCCUUAGGAUUUCAGGCGAAUGGUUUUGCAUAGUAUAUUUGCCAAUGGAACCUGAACAAACGUACAUAAAAUGGGAGAAGGCACUGAAACAUCAAGCAUGAUAAGAUGAAGCGGAUGGUAGAACUAUACUUCUUAUUUGUAAUAUUCGUCACACGGGAUUGAGCACACACCGUCGACGCCUGUCUAGGCAUGAUCGACAUCGUGGGAGACAGAGGAAGGGAAAGAUGGGAUUCAUAUAUAAUUCAUAGCAUGAUGGAGAUCUCCAUGCAAGCUCCAUUUCUCCUGCUGCCGUUUUCAGUUUUUUGCUGCUGCUGGCUUGCUGCUCUUCACCUGCUGUCAUUGAGAAACACUAGAUAAUCAGGGGAAGAACAUGCGAGGUGAAGGUAAUAAGGAUCUCUAUAUAACAUCAGCUGCAGGUUGUACCCUCUUCUUAGUCUCCCUGGGCUUCGAGUCAGCCUUCUUGACGCCACCCUUGGCGGCUACUGGCUUGGUCGCCGUGGCACUGAGCUUUGCUGGCUCCUUGGUGGCUGCUGGCUUGGACGCCGUGGCACUGAGCUUGGCAGGCUCCUUGGCCUGCCCUGCAAGUACGGCGGGCUUGACGGCCUUCAGGGACGCCAUUCCUGUAUGCUGCUCUGUAGUACUGGCACCGGGGAAAGCUUAGAAGUUUAAGCUGCUGUGGUGCUUGAUGAACUGGGAAUGGAUGGCACGAGGUAUUUAUAGGCUGCUCAUUGGAUCUCCUAAGUGUGCAGAGUACAAAUCCAAGAUGAGCAAGAAUAAAGUGUUCCUGAAUUAUUGUAUUAAGUGAUCUCCCAACUGGAUGCUUUCUUGCAGAAUUGGAUGCCUUGUAGUCUGGUAGGAGGAUGCAAGUUACCGGACGUGAAGUUUGCCAUUCGAAAUGUUUGAGGUAUAUUAUUCCAUGAGUUAGUGACGCACAAUGGUGACAAGAAGGUUCGAUAGGAAUAAAAGCUUGUGCACUGGAGAUAUUCUGAGUGUAGAAGGAGAUCAUAUUUGUGAUUGCGCUGUACUAACCUAGUCUUGUUCCCUAGUCGAUGUAUGGAACUGAUCUAUGGAGCAUGAUGCAAUAGACAGUGAGAAGUCUGGAUGCUUACGUGUACUCGUUGAGGAGCAGGUCUCAGAAUAUCAAACCCAGUAGCGACCCAUGUUCUAAUGGCGAUUUUAUUUUGUCAAAACAUACUCAUAAGUUUUUCAGUUCUUAAUCUCCCAUAACAAAGAUAAACGGUGGGAUGCCAGUGGGAUCGAUCAUAGAUCAGUUACUCCCUCCCCCUGGACCAAAUAAAUUGGCGUGGCCAUAUACUAUGUCUAGUAUAAGCAUACUCAUGAGCUGCGUCAAUUAAUUUGGACGGGAUGGAUUACAUGUUUUGAGAUCUAGAACAUUUAAACAUUUUGUCACAAAGAAUAUUUGUUGAUGCCAA